CUGGGAACGCACACUGUGUCAAGCCAAACUUGUCAAGCGGACGCUUGUGUUGAGGCUGUCAUACACUGGGGGAAAAACAUAAGCAAAUUCUUGUUUUUCCAUCGCUGAUAGUGCUAUCGAAAAUUCGCGAUUUUCAGGAGGGAAAAAUCGACAUUUCGCUAGACUAACACCAUCAACCGGAAGAUGUCUCGCCAAAGCACACGCCUCGACACGAAGAAAGUGUGAGGAGUUGUGAAUCCCCCCGGGUGUAAAGCAUAGGCGUUUUGUGUGUUGCGUAUCCGUCGGGUAGCGUCGUCUCGUCAUUCCUCGUACCGCGUGUAACGACGCCCGAAAAAGUGUGCACUGGGUGUGUGGGGUUGUUCAAUGUUUAGCCGUUUUUUUGCGCUUCCGAAACGUGUUUCCCUAUCGCGGCCUAGGCAUUCUACUCAAAGACGCGUUUGACUACAACGACGACGAGUCGACGAGCGAGCAGUACGGCGGCGGUUUACGGUGCAUCUAUCAGCGAGGAAUAAGUUACAGCACAGUUCGUAGCAAACUAUGAUAACGAUGAACAACACAGCGACAGCCAACACGCUGGGUGGAAUCACAUUCUCCGAUCUGACCGGAGCCACCACAGCAACCGGACAGGGCACGGGAGGCCUACAGCUGGUACAGCUCAGCCAAGUCAUGCCCGACCAAAACUCGCAGCAACUGUUUAUGCAGAGUCUACAGCAGCAGCUCACUGGAGGCGCUCCCGCCAUACAGGUCAUACCGCUCGGGGCGCUCCCGCAGCAGACGUUGUCCCUAGCGCAGGGGCCACAUCCCGGCGCCACCCUGCAGGCAGCACCGCAGCAGCAACAAUUCGUGCAGUACACGCUGGACGGGCAAACGUUACUCUACCAAGCGCUGCCAACGCCCGAAACGGCCUACCAGAGCGUGAAUCUACCGAUCGUGCAGCUUCCGGCAACCCAAACGCUAGGUACCGCGGGCACCGUACCGACCUACGGCAACAUAUCCAGCCUGCAGGGUGGCCCGAUCACCUUCACACAGAUUCCCACCGUCACGCAGGCCAUUCCACAGCACCACCAUCCGCAGCAGCAUCUACAGCAGCAGCAGCACCAUCUGCAAACAGCCGCGACGCUCGAUGCGAGCGCAUUUCAGAACAUCGUAACGGGACCGGUCACACUAACGCCCACCGCUACCGUGGUGCCGGUUUCGCAGCCCCAACAACUCCCACUAAGCGGUCCCGUGACGACCGUUACGAUUGGCCAACCUCCCCAGCAGCAGAUCGGUAUCGGUGUGGCGAACCUCCCGAGUAGCAACAGCAGUAGUAAUACUACACCCACGACAGUAGUCAACAGUCCGGCCAUAGUGACACCGCCCGAAUGUACGGUGCUGGCAACGACAUCGGGUGGUGGCGGUAGCGGCUCCGGGCUGGAAAUGGAGCAAGAACCCCUGUACGUAAAUGCGAAACAGUACAAGCGCAUACUGAAGCGCCGACAGGCGCGGGCCAAGCUGGAGGCGAUGGGCAAGAUACCGAAGCAGCGACCAAAGUACUUGCACGAAUCGCGGCACCGACACGCGAUGAAUCGGGUCCGGGGUGAAGGCGGACGGUUCCACUCGAAGUAAGCGAAGGGAGAUGCAACGCGACAGGCCAUUAAUGAGAUUUCGGCGAUCCAAAUUCUCUCCUAUGGAAUAAUAGAAUAAUUUUUAAGUAGGAUCGCAAAAGACCCCGUAGGAAGUACACAGUUUUAAGGUUUAAGUGCUACGAACGAGUCGUAAAAUGCAAUAAAAACACGAUAACAUAGUUCACUCGAAA